GGACUUACACACCGUGAGAACGUUUCUUCUCAUAAGGCUGCAAAGAUGUUUUCACUGGGUCAGGAGAACAUCUCCACCUCUCCUUCAUCCACCAAAGGACCAGUUGGUUAUGGAGAGCUCAUUGUGCUGGGGUGUAACGGCUCUCUGCCCAGCGGUGAAAAGGGGCGGCGGAAAAGUCGCUUUGCUUUGUGUCGCAGGAACAGGGCCAACGGUGUGAGACCCAGCACUGUCCACACAUCCUGCACACCGCAGGCCGCCAAGGCCAUCAGCAGCAAGGAGCUGCACAGUAUAUCUUUCACUCUGUCUCGGGUGCAGACGGUAGUGGUGGAGUACACACAUGACAACAGCACGGACAUGUUCCAGGUGUGUAACCUCCAGUUCAUCUGUCCUACGUAG